AUGUCGAAAACAGUGAGCCCAGAUGCGGUGUCGAUUAUUCUGGCCAACCCAUGUCCCGAUUCUUCGUCAAAUUUGCCGGAGAUUGUUGUGCAAGUCGUCGAUCUGAAACCGACCGGUACCAAGUACAUGUUCAUGGCGAAUGAUGGGAAAAUGAAGGUGAGAGCUCUGUUACAAUCUUCUCUGUCAUCACAAGUAACAUCUGGAAGCAUCCAGAAUCUGGGGCUUAUUCGUGUUCUCGACUACACUCUCAAUGACAUCCCAACCAAGAAUGAGAAGUUCCUGAUUGUAUCAAAAUGUGAGGUGGUGUCACCAGCACUUGAGGCAGAAUGCAAGGCAGAUAAUGGGCUUGUUUCAAGUCCAGAGCAGAAUAGUGUAGUUAAAAGUGAAGCUAAUGGGAAUAGUGUAGUUAAAAGUGAAGCUAAUGGUGUUAUGUUGAAGCCGAAGGAACAAGUCAUGGCUAAAUCUGCUGCACAGAUAGUUCAUGAACAGCAUGGAAAUAUGGCACCUUCUGGACGAAUGUCAAUGACAAGAAGGAUCUAUCCACUUGUUUCCUUAAACCCAUACCAAGGAAACUGGACAAUUAAAGUUUGGGUGACUAGCAAAGGAAAUAUGCGAUCCUACAAGAAUGCGAGAGGCGAAGGCUGUGUGUUUAAUGUGGAGUUGACUGAUGAAGAUGGCACUCAAAUACAAGCAACAAUGUUUAAUGAGGCUGCAAGGAAGUUCUUUGAUAAGUUCCAGAUGGGGAAGGUGUACUACAUAUCAAAGGGUACUUUAAAAGUUGCAAACAAACAGUAUAGGACAGUGCAGAAUGAUUAUGAGAUGACCUUGAAUGAGAAUUCAAUUGUGGAGGAAAUCGAGACCGAGCGGACUUUUGUUCCUGAAACUAAAUUCAAUUUUGUCCCUAUUGAUGAACUUGGCCCAUAUAUUAAUGGAAGGGAGCUCGUUGAUGUUAUUGGGGUAGUUCAGAGUGUAUCUCCUACAAUGAGUAUUAGAAGGAAGAGCAACAAUGAGACUGUUCCAAAGCGUGACGUAACCAUAGCUGAUGAGACGAAGAAAACUGUUGUGGUGUCCUUAUGGGGCGAUAAUGCCACUAAUGUUGGACAAGAACUGCUGGAUAUGUCUGAUAAAUCUCCUGUGGUUGCAAUUAAGUCUCUUAAAGUUGGUGAUUUUCAAGGCGUAUCAUUAUCAGCAGUGAGCAAAAGUAUCGUAGUAGUCAACCCCGAAACCCCAGAGGCCAAAAAGUUGAGAUCUUGGUACGACUCUGAAGGAAAAGACACUAACUUGGCUUCUGUUGGUGAUGGCUUAAGCCCAUCGGCAAAAGGUGGAGCAAGAUCUAUGUACUCUGAUAGGGUCUCCCUUGCUCAUAUCACUAGUAACCCAUCUUUGGGAGAAGAUAAGCCCGUGUUUUUCUGCAUUAAAGCAUACAUUAGCUACAUCAAACAAGAUCAGGCAAUGUGGUACCGAGCUUGCAAGACUUGCAAUAAGAAAGUUACUGAAGCUGUUGGGUCUGGCUACUGGUGUGAAGGGUGCCAAAAGAAUGAGGAUGAUUGCAGUUUGAGAUACGUAAUGGUUGUUAGAGUUUCUGAUGCAAGUGGCGAAGCUUAUCUCUCGGUUUUCAAUGAGCAAGCUGAGAAAAUCAUUGGAUGCUCGGCUGAUGAGCUUAAUGAAAUGAGAGCUCAGGAUGGAGAUAGUUCUUACCAGAUGAAACUGAAGGAUGCUAUGUGGGUCCCGCAUCUAUUCCGAGUUAGUGUGACUCCUCACGAGUACAACAACGAGAAGAAGCAGAGGAUAACAAUCAGGUUCGUCGCACCAGUCGAUUUUGCAGCUGAAUCUAAGUAUUUGCUUGAAGAAAUUGCCAAGUUGAAAGUAUCUAAUUCUAAGUAG